CCGGUGGAGGGAGAAAGGGAGACGGGAAUUGGGAGCCGCACACGGCGAGAGAGAGAAAGCUCCCAUGAAGCGGGUAUGAUGGGGAGCAACUGAAAGACUGUUCGAUGCGAUGAUAUGAAAUGUUCUCUCUACUAUCGACAGAGGAGGAUUAUUUCAGGGCAUCUGAACGGGAGGGGAGAUGAGAUUCAUGCUGCUUAAGGGACCCUCCUCCUGUGAUCCAAGCAGUCCGCCUGUAAGCCGGGGGGGUUUGGGGUUGUACGGGACACGGGGCGCACAAUUCAUAAUCGCCCCGGAUAAAUUGUGGAUUGAAGGCACGUGGGUGAGUUCUUUAUAAUAUUAAAAUCUGCGAGACCGUUCUGGGUCUACAAGGGCAAGAGUGACCGAUCAUCUUCAUCAUGAGGGCUGUUUCAGCAAACUUACUUGCGCUGCUCAUUCUGAGCGCCUGCUCUUGUGUUUUUUACAUCUGGAGUACACUGGACACCCGAUUGGAGCGACACAAACGGAGCGUCCCGCUAUCAGGGACGGAGUCUUUUCACCCCGGUGUAUCCACGGACCUCUCUGCCAAAACUUUCCGGGCUUUACUCGCCGUCCCAGCGGCACAAAGACCGCACUUGCGCGGCAGAUUUGAGGUUCACAACCUCACUGGUGAGCGAGAUCAAGCUGUCUCUGUAGGAAGUCGAGAUUACCAUAUGAAUGUGGAUAACAAGAGGUCAGCACAGCGGGAGGGCCCGGUCAAGUUAGGCUCCCCCGUGGAGGAUGGGAUAUUUUGGGGUGAAUGGCUGGAAGAUCUCCUCCCUGUCGGCUUCACGGAGGAAUAUGCCCGGGCAUGGCGAGAGAGAGCCCGGGGACACCGGAUAGUGCAGCUGGAGCCUGGAUGCGGCAGGAUAUCCAACCAGCUCGCUACUUUUGCGGACGGGACCAAAGCUUGUGUGCGUUACGGGAUAAACGCGGAUCAAGUGCAAGGAGAAACUUUGACGUAUUACCUUGCUAGUCUGCUAGGCAUCACAAACCUGCCGCCUCUUAUACUGGCCCAGCUGAACGUUGACAGUGAACAAUGGGCGUCUGUGAGAAGGAGAAUAGACAGUCUACAGUGGAGUGAACGAGCCGUGGUGUCUCUUACUGAGUGGGUCUCCAACCUCACUGGGGUGGUCACACCUGCGCCGCUCAGACAGGAGAGCAACGGGCUGCAUCCUCUGCUUGAGGGGCUGUGGAACAGGACGACGGGGGAGCUGCUGGAGCUAAUGCAGUGGACCGACCUGAUCAUGUUGGACUUUCUGACUGCAAAUUUCGACAGGCUCGUCAGCAAUCUGUUCAGUCUGCAGUGGGAUUCGCGCGUAAUGGAGAGGGACACCAACAACCUCCUCAAAACACCCCGCGGCGACCUCGUCUUUAUAGACAACGAGGCCGGACUUGUGCAUGGGUUCCGGGUGCUGAAUAUGUGGGAGAAGUACCACAAUACAGUGCUGAGCUCGGUGUGUGUGUUCAGGAAAAGGACCACGCAGCGCGUGGUGGAGCUGCACAGGCGCAGAAACUCCAGGAUAAGGCUGCUGGAGCUCUACAGAGAAAGCGAGCCUUUGUCUUCGGAAUUAGGAUUUCUCUCAGACGAGCACUCCGGUGUUCUCCAGGACAGAAUAGACAGAUUAUACAAACACAUAUUGCAUUGCAAAGGAAAGUACGGCCAGCUGUGAACAUUCAGUAUUAUUCCUGUAACAGGUUCUCUGCAGCGUUGUGAGCUCUGCAAAUGCGAUUGGCACACCUGUGCUAAAGUGAUGCGCAUUACACAAAACUGUCUUGAAUAUCCAGCUGAACUACCUCUUGUGAAUAAAAUGCGUUGCCUACUUUAUACACAAUUUGAUAGGCCUGUGUUUAUAAGCUCACUGCAGAGAAGGUCAUAGGGUAUUUCCACUGUAUGCCUCACAGAGAGGAGUGAUUACAUCAGUGUAUUCAUCCUGUCGUCACUGACAUGCCACUGAUGUGCUAACUAGAAAUAAAUAUGAAGAGUAUAUUGAUGAUUUGGGCAUCAUAACACAGCCUGUCAUAUAAGCAUUGGCUUCUUGCCCUGUGUUCAGUCAUUCUAAUGGUAAACUCUUAAGCCUUAACAUGUUGUUGACUCUUGAAUACUCUAUUUCUUUCACACGUUGGCACAUAUCUGUCUCACUUUUUUAUAGAAAGUGGUUUGCACAAUCGUCAUAGCAAGCACCUGUGAUCAUGUAAUUGUGUUUUGAUUGUAUAUUCAGCCUUAAUGUCAUAAGUGUAACAUAUCCAUUGUACAUGUUGUAAGUACGUUGUAAAUAUUGUGUCUGCCAACCAGUUUUGGAAAUUUGAUGCUCCACUAAUUUAAUGUGCUUUGUAACAUUCCAAAUCUUCCUGUCUUUUUUUGAUAAAUAUAUUGUAAUUUAAGUUAA